UUUUGAUGAAAGGAAAAAAAGAGAAAUAUUUUCAUUUUAAUUCUUCUGUGUUUAUGUUGUUUUCUUGUGAAUAAUUUUUUUCUCUUACCAAUUAUCUCAACUCUCUGAAUUUCUCCUGAAACUUGAUUACGUUCAAUCAAUGGUUUGGUUGUGAAUGGAUGAGACAAUUUUCAUCGACUAAUUUAUCUUUCGCUCUGAAAAAGAAUCGUUUUCUUUUUCUCUUUUCCAUUUGUGUUUCUUUCUUUCUUUCUCUCUCUCUCUCUUUCUCUUUCUCUUUCAUAUUUUUCACAGCAUUUUCGCCUCUUUGUUUGCAUCAUUUUGUCUACUUUUUUUGUUGUUUUGUUUUCAUCUUCAUCCAAUCAAUGAGGAUUUAAUUUAUUUACAGAACAAAUAAUUUAAAUCGCAAGUCUAAAUGAACUUCUAAGAAAAUUCUAAAGAAGAAAAAAUUACCUGUCUACUAAUUGGUUCUUUUUUCUUUCUUUACCUCUUUCUCUCUUUUUUUGUGUCUUUUUUUUCGGUUUUCUCUCUCAACUUCUUUUUUCUUCUUCCUGUUUUCUACUUUUAAUUGUUCCAAAUUCUCUCUCUUUUCCUAUAAACAUCUUAAUCUUCUGUACGACAAUUUAAUGUCUCACAUGGAGGUUAAUCAAACUUUAUCAGUUUACAAUAAUAUUGUCUACUUUGGUGUUCAUAAAUUUUGCUGUGAUGAAAUUCGUUUAAUUUCAGCUGGCAUUAAAUUUUCCCAAGUUUGUCAAGUCCAAGAAAGAUCUCGUUUCAACAUCACCAUUCCACCAAUUGAUAUAAAAAAGGCCUAUUUUGACAGUAAAACUGGUGAGAAUUUGUCAACCCUGAUCACAGAAACUAAUCCUGAUUCUGGAACUAAAAUAAGCAGCGCAUUGAAACUAAAACCUAAUCAACAUGAUACAAACACUCAAGGAUCGAUUCGUGUUCUUGUUCAAUUUAACGGACAAGGUGAAGAAAUUUACAAAAUAUUGGAAGGAUAUUUUUCCGUCUUUAGCCAAGUGGAUUGGAAACUUGAGAGAGCCCUAUCGCGAAGCGUUCUUAAAUACCUUGAUUUCUUGAUCAAUUAUUCUCAACAACCAACACCAGAUUUGGAAAUUUCUGCCAGCAAGGAGAACGACGAAAAGACAACACAAUCAAUCCUGUGUAAAUCGAAAAAAACAUAUUCAAGUUUACCACAAUCAACGAAUACAACAACAUCAUCAAUGUUCUCAUCUGCCCUUAGAUCAUCUUCUCCACCUUCUAAACAGUCUCCUAUCCUGGUUAAGAAUAAAACGAACGUUUUAAGGCCCAAAUCAGAUGAAUCACCUUCCAUAAUUGAUAUUGAAAUCGAUAGUGAUGAUGAAGAUGACACUGAAAACCAGCGUAGUUUGAAUGGCUCAAUAUCUAAUAAUGAUGACCAUCUCUUCAGUUACCCACCCGAUGAAAUUGAUCGUAUCUCAAUCCACCAAUCGGAUCUUGCUUGUUUGGAACAAGGGCAAUAUUUAAAUGAUACAAUCUUAGGUUUCUAUCUUAAAUACAUCGAAAAAGACUUGACAGCGCCAGAUAUUGCCGAAAGAAGCUACAUAUUUAGUACAUUUUUCUAUUACAAGCUCACCCACAGAACUCGAGUAUCGGAGACUCAAACUCAGGACAAUCAAUCGCUUUCUGAUAAAUAUUACAAUAGAGUCAAGAAUUGGACAAAAAAUAUUAAUAUAUUCGAAAAAGACUUUAUAAUUAUCCCAAUUAACAAAUCCUGUCAUUGGUUUUUGGCAAUCAUAUGUUAUCCAAGGAAGGUUCCAUUCAUGGACGAGAUUUUACCGAUAGAAAUUGAAAAAAAUCCAAAAAGACCUUGUAUACUUUUCAUGGAUUCACUUCAAAGUGCUCAUAGUAAAUGUGGAUUAGCUGCACCAAUUAGACACUUUCUAACCAAAGAAUGGGAAUCAAAGAAAACGACAAAGAAAAAUUUUAGUAAAAGUGUAAUGCCUGAUAUUUAUCUCAAGGUGCCUAAGCAAAUUAACUCCUUCGACUGUGGUCUCUAUGUGCUACAAUAUAUUGAAAAUUUCUUAAGAAAUCCUGAUUAUUUACUUGAAAGAAUUUGCAAAGAUCCUGCUAUCAAUCUAGAAGAUUGGUUUUCUCUUUCACUGGUCUCUUCUAAGCGACGAACAAUUAAAAGAUUGAUUAAACAGCAACGAGAAGCAGGCGAGAAUAAGAAAAAUGGUAAUUGUGAAAAGAUGGAAACUGAUGAUGAUAGUUGAUGACUGAUUUUCUUCAAACUAAUUUCGGUCAAAUAAACCGCAUCAAAAUAAGUUUGACGUCAAAUUUUCACUAACCGGGGAAAUUUUCAUGAUUAACUCUCCCACUUAUUAACUCUGCUCAUCAUGGAAUAAUUUUCAACCGUCUUCCCGAAACGAUUAACCUCUUAAAUCACCGAUUAAUGAUAUCCAGUGUCAAUAACUAACAUCUAAAUCACUGCGGACCAACAUUCAAUAUACUGAUGACUGACACUCCCUUGCUCUCUCUCUCUCUCUAUCUUUUUCUUCAUCCAUCUCUCUAUUUCAGACUCGAUUCUCUUUUGAUUAUGUCCAUCGUAAAUACGUGUUGUAUUGUAUCCGAAUUUGUCAUCUUUAAUUACGCUAUCAAGAGACAUUAACAUAGCUAUACAUCUUUACUAUCAUCAUCGCCGUCAUCAUCACCAUCUUUCACAAUUGAUUAUAUAUAAACAUAAACAACCAUCAUCAAAAUGCAUCAUAACAACAACAACAAAUCUCUUCGUCAUCAUUGGAAAUAAUUUAAAGAAAAACGUUGAAGACGUUUCGUUCAUUACAAUCAAAGAUUCAUCACUGUGAUUCACAUUUAAUCCUAUGGAAUUAAGAUUAAGAGAUGAUAUUUAUACAUAUAUAAAUGAUCGGAGGAGCUACAAUAUUAUCUUCAAUUAGCUAAUUGUAAACAAUCAUAAAUCUAAAUUAUAUCGAUUGAAAAAAUUAUAUUGAACUUUCUAUAACAUUUGCCUGUUGAGUUAUAUUAGGAUUAAGCUGAAAUGACCUCAAACAAGCUGGACAGAUUAACAUAUUUGGAUGAUCCUGUUGCCAUUUUUUGUAAUCCACUCGGAGAUAUGUCAAACCGAUUACUGUUGAAAUUAGAAAAACAAUAAAAUACAUAAUGAUAAAUGUUACAAGUAACUUGUUCCAUUUUGGCAAUAGAAUCGGAUUAGAUUGUUGAUAUUGAAUAAAGCCGAGGAAAACAGUGUAAUAGCCAAUGGUCAACAUGAAAGAAGUGGAAAUGAUUGAACGAUAUCGAUGAUUCUGUUUAAAAUACAAGCGAAAAGUUGGAUGAUUUGGUCUAAUUGUAAAUUCGGGAGAAUAUGAUUGACAAUUUGGACACCGAUAGCCACCCAAAGUACGAAUACCAAUCAUAAUCAGUGGAUUAAGAGAGAGGAUUAAGCGAUUGUUAAAAAGAAAAAAAAAGAAAAGAAAAUCGAUUAACUGUUUAGUGACACAAUUGGAGAAAUAUCUUCUGAACCAUUUAUAUAAACUUUUGUGUAAUAAUUUCGUACCAAAAGAUUUAAAUUAAUUAAUCAUCAGGAUAUUUAAUCUACAAUUAACAUCAUAAUUUAAUUAUAAUCUCCUGUUAAUUGAUUGUUACACUAAAAGAAACAAUGAAAAGAUUGUAUCUGUUAUUGACAA